UUCCGCUAGGUGGCACACCACUAAAUUGCGAAUCGAAACUAGAAUUUCGUACGGAGCGGAUGCUGUUCACAUGAAUACAUUUUAUCGUUUGGUUACAAUGCCAUUCUAUGCAGUUCGAAGGGGCAAGAUGCCCGGUAUAUAUAAGACGUGGGAUGAAUGUAAGGCACAAGUCAAUGGAUUCCCAAAGGCUCGGUACAAGAAGUUUAGUACUGAAUCAGAGGCCAAUGAUUUUGUAAAUGAUACAACUGCUGAUAAUGGAAGUUCCUCAUUUGCUGGAGGAUAUUCUCAGCAACAGAAAAAGUAUCCAAGUCACACAGCCACAGCCUCCAACCACAUGAGUCACACAUCUGCACCCUUUAGCAACCGACAACCAAUGCAGAAAGUUCCCUCAACAAGUAACAGCGAAAGCUUUAAUGACACAGACUUCGACGGAGAAAUGAAAAAUGUAUACAAGAUUGAGUACACAAAAACUGUUCACAUCCAACCUCCAGUGUCAAGGGGGUCAUAUCCGAGGUCACGGGGUACAGAGUCAAGGUCACGUGGUGCACAGUCAAUGUCACGUGGUGCACAGUCAAUGUCUCGUGGUGCACAGUCAAGACCACGUGGUGCACAGUCAACAUCACGUGGUGCACAGUCAAGGCCACGUGGUGCACAGUCAAGGUCAAAGAAUAGGUGGUCAAGGACACAACAGAGAACAAACAGUACAGGUCAAGGCAAUGACAUAGUAGUAUAUACAGAUGGUGGUUGCUAUAACAACGGUCAGAGAGGUGCCCAGGCUGGUAUAGGAGUGUACUGGGGGCCAAGCGACCCAAGGAAUGUGAGUGAACGGUUAUCAGGAAGGCAAACAAACAAUAGAGCAGAAAUACAUGCAGCCUGUCGAGCCAUAGAGCAGGCCAAGGCACAAGGCUUUCAGGAGAUCACUAUUAAAACUGAUAGUCAAUUCCUCAUUAGUGCUGCUACACAAUGGAUAUCAGGAUGGCAGAGGAAAAAUUGGACACUCUCUGAUGGUGGCCCUGUCAAAAACAAAGAUGAUUUUAUCCACUUGAAUCGGGUGUCUGAGGGGAUGAAUGUAAAAUGGAUCCAUGUACGGGGACAUACGGGUAUCGCUGGAAAUGAGGCGGCUGACAGACUUGCUAAUGAAGGAGCUCUUAAACCUCUACCUUGACCUCUGCUGCACUUAUAUAUAUAUAAUGAUUGUGAUGUAUCAACUGAUGAUCUGAAGAUGUUGGUGUUGACCUGAAAGAUCUAAUUGUCUGUGUGGAUGGUGUUGAAAGGAAAGAUCUAAUUGUCUGUGUGGAUGGUGUUGAGAUGAAAGAUCUAAUUGUCUUUGUGGAUGGUGUUGACAGGAAAGAUCUUAUUGUCUGUGUGGAUGGUGUUGACAGGAAAGAUCUAAUUGUCUGUGUGGAUGGUGUUGACAGGAAAGAUCUUAUUGUCUUUGUGGAUGGUGUUGACAGGAAAGAUCUAAUUGUCUGUGUGGAUGGUGUUGACAGGAAAGAUCUUAUUGUCUGUGUGGAUGGUGUUGAAAGGAAUGAUCUAAUUGUCUGUGUGGAUGGUGUUGACAGGAAAGAUCUUAUUGUCUUUGUGGAUGGUGUUGACAGGAAAGAUCUUAUUAUCUUUGUGGAUGGUGUUGACAGGAAAGAUCUUAUUGUCAGUGUUGGUGUUAACUUGAAGAUCUUUUUGUCUGUGUUUGAUGGUUUUGACUCAAAUAUCUUAUUGUCUGUGUGGAUGGUGUUGGGAGGAAAGAUCUUAAUGUCUGUGUUAAGAGGAAAGAUCUUAUUAUCUGUGUUGAUGGUGUUGACUUUAAGGUCUUUCUGUUUGUGUUUGAUAGGUUUGACUCAAAGACCGUAUUGCCAGUGUUGUGUACCGAGUAUUGUGCCAACAUACUAACCCCUAUCAGAUUUCAAUGCGACCACCAUCUGGAGCAAGGUGGCAUUUUACAGCAUGGCUGACCAAGAUAAUGUCCAAUGGUUUAAUUUAUUGCUGUAGUUAUCUGAUUCUGUGAUUUUAUUAGCAGUAUAGCCAGCAUCAUUGUAUACUUACAUCAUUAGUGUGAUGUGAUAUGAUAAAGAGAAUAUUUGAAAAUGGUGCUAUCAUUGAAGUAAAACUUGGAUAUGUCAGAUUCUGAAAACUGCCUGUCUUCCUUUAAUGAAAAAUAUAUAUUUAUUUGUGACUUGUUAUUUCAAAACACUCCAGAAAGAGGCAGUCAUUCGGGUUAUGUUUUUGUUGUACCAUUUUGUACUGAUCAUUUCAAUUACCUUUGAAGUUCGGAAUUAAACCAGAUAAAAAUUUGAUAUCAAAAAUUUAGACAGAAUCUAAAAUCAUUUGUUUCAGUAUUGUCUGUCAAAUUAUCCUUGAAUUCUGUUUGGAGUGAGAAGGAAUGCUCUGAUUAUCAGAAACUUUGAACAAAUAAUCACAGUAUUUAUGAUGCCAAUGGCAAUCUGGAGGUCGGUACAGGGAAUAGUUUCCUUAGUGAUGUCGACGCAGAUGACACAUCAGCAUCUGUGCAACCCCAUUUGCAUUGUUUAAAAUUUGUUGGUAAAUAAAUAUGAAAUAUUU